AUGACGACCCCCGCGCCCCCCGAGGACCAAUCCCGGCUCCUCGAGGAUGCCCUCAUUGCCGUGCGCCAACAGACAACAUUGAUGCGCAAGUGUUUGGAUACGCCAGGGAAGUUGAUGGAUGCGCUCAAAUGCUGUUCCACCCUCGUCUCCGAGCUUCGAACGAGCAGUCUGGGGCCAAAGCAGUACUACGAGCUGUACAUGGCCGUAUUCGACGCCUUGCGCUACCUUUCAGUCCACCUGCGCGAGAACCACCCAGUCAACCACCUCGCCGACCUCUACGAGCUUGUCCAAUAUGCCGGCAACAUUGUCCCCCGCCUCUAUCUCAUGAUCACGGUUGGCACCGCAUACAUGGCCAUCGAGGGCGCACCAGUUAAGGAACUGAUGAAGGACAUGAUGGAUAUGAGCCGCGGUGUACAACACCCGAUUCGUGGCCUCUUUUUGCGCUACUACCUCUCGGGCCAAGCCAGGGACUGCCUCCCGUCCGGCGACUCGGAUGGGCCAGAAGGAAACCUCCAAGACUCGAUCAAUUUCGUGCUCACCAACUUUGUCGAGAUGAAUAAGCUCUGGGUUCGCCUGCAGCAUCAGGGGCACUCGAGGGAGAGGGAUCAGAGGACACAGGAGAGGAAGGAGCUCCAGUUGCUGGUGGGGAGCAACGUUGUGCGGCUCAGCCAGCUGGUGGAUCUGCAGGCAUACAAGAAUGGCAUCCUUGCGCCAUUACUCGAGCAGGUUGUCCAAUGCCGCGACGUUCUAGCCCAGGAGUACCUGCUCGAGGUCAUCACGCAGGUCUUCCCAGACGAAUUCCACCUCCACACUCUCGAUCAAUUCCUCGGUGCCGUCUCGCGGUUAAAUCCCCACGUGGAUGUCAAGGGAAUCGUCAUAGGCCUCAUGGACCGUCUCUCCGACUACGCCGAGCGCGAAUCCCAGAAUGAAUCGGAGGAGGAUAGGGAAAAGAUGGAAGAGGAGGCUUUGGCGAAUCUCCUCGAGAAAGUUAAGCUGGGUACAGAAAUCGCGGCUCAGACCUCAAGCGCGCCCGCCGAAGAGCCGCGAGCUCCUGAAAACGGAGACAAACCCGCGAGUGACGCCGAGCCGACCACAGACACGCCCAAGGCAGAGGACGAGACGACCCCGUCCAUAGCAGAAACCGAGGCGACGGCGGUCAACGGAGAUGAGACAGAGCCGACCACAAAGCGGAGGGGGAUCCCGGAGAAUGUACCGCUGUACGAGGUCUUCUUCGGGCAGGUGAAGAACCUCGUUCAGGCGCAACACCUCCCAAUACAAGACACCAUCGCCUUGUGUGUCUCGCUGACGAACCUGGCGCUUAAUAUCUACCCCGAGAGGUUGGAUUAUGUCGAUCAGAUCUUGGGCUACGCCCACAGCAAGGUCCAGGAGCAUGCCAACAGCGCCGAUCUGCACUCCCAACCAGCACAGCAGAGCUUGUUGGCACUUCUCCAGAGCCCUCUACGGCGUUAUCUGUCGAUUUUCACGGCCUUGUCACUUCCCACCUACGUUCCCCUACUCCAAUCCCAGACCUACCCCACGCGAAGAGCGGUAGCGGGGUCGGUUGCCAGGACGCUUCUCAAGAACCAAACCUUCAUUUCUACACCAGCGCACCUCGAGAAUGUCCUUGAAGUCCUCAAGGUCCUCAUCAGGGAAGGAUCACAACCACCAGCCGGCUAUCCCGGUGUCGUACAGCCCCGAGCUCGCGCCCUCGAGACGGACGAAACAAUGGAGGAACAAGGUUGGCUGGCUCGCCUUGUCCACCUGGUACAUUCCGACGACAACGAUACCCAGUUCCGUCUCCUACAAAUGACGAGGAAGGCGUAUGGAGAAGGCAACGAACGGAUCCGCACUACAACGCCGCCACUUGUUACCGCUGGCCUGAAGCUCGCCCGCCGUUUCAAGACCCGCGAGCAUUAUGACGAUAACUGGUCAUCACAGUCCUCGGCGCUCCUCAAAUUUCUACAUUCUGCCGUAUCGACUCUGUACACCCGCGUCAACGGUUCGGGCGCCGCCGAACUAUCCCUCCGCCUGUUCUGCUCUUGCGGGCAGGUGGCCGACAUGACCGGCUUCGAGGAGGUUGCGUACGAGUUCUUCGCGCAGGCGUUCACAGUGUACGAGGAGGCAAUCAGUGACUCCAAGGCGCAAUUCCAAGCCGUCUGCGUCAUUUCCAGCGCGCUCCACCGGACAAGGAACUUUGGCAAGGAGAACUAUGACACGCUCAUUACGAAGUGUGCCCAGCACGCGAGCAAACUGCUCCGCAAGCCGGAUCAGUGCCGCGCCGUUUACCUGGCCAGCCACCUGUGGUGGGCGACACCGAUCGCCGCGAAUGGGGAGACAGAGGAGACAGAGCUCUACCGGGACGGUAAGCGCGUCCUCGAGUGCCUCCAGCGCGCUCUCCGCGUGGCAGACUCGUGCAUGGAGACGGCCACGUCGAUCGAGCUGUUUGUCGAGAUUCUCGAUAGAUACGUCUACUACUUUGACCAAAAGAAUGAAUCGGUCACCACCAAGUAUCUUAACGGCCUCAUCGAGCUCAUCCACUCCAACCUGGCCGGCAAUCAGCAGGAGUCGGCGUCCGUCGAGGCCAGCAGGAAGCACUUUAUGCAGACACUUGACAUGAUUCGGAGUAAGGAGUACGAGGGCAUUGUUCUUACGCCAAAAUAG